CUGGAAGGUUAAUCGGAGAUUUUCCUUGGGAAAACCUUACUUCAGUGCUGAGAUUUUACGUCGGCCCAGGGGCCGCAACCAAAGUGGGUAUUAUGGCCGAGCUAUAGGGAACGGCAAUUGCUUUUUCAGUAUCUGAGGAGCCCCAUUUCGGGGGCGUCCGUAUUCCGCGCUUGCCUGUGGCGCAGGCGGCCGCAGGAGCUGUCGAAUGAAGGCUGCCGGCCUGCCGGGCCUGCCGGCUCGGGGCUUGCGGGAACAGCCGCUGCUGCUGGGGUCGCCAGUGGGAGGAGGGUCUUGCGGACCCCGCCGGCCUGUGGUUCCAGCGGCGUCCUUGCAUGGUAAUAGCAUUGCUACUGUCAGUAGCAGCUACCAUGGUGGCGGCAGCGGCCGUGGCGUUGGCAGCACCACUACUAGUAGUAGCAGCAACAGGGCCGUCUUAGUGCCCCAGCAACAACUACGGAGGAGGGCUGCAGGAGUGGUAGUGCGGGCUGGGGCGGCGGCGGAGGCAGCUCUGGAGGUAUCCCCGCAGACCCCUCAUCUCACCAUGCCGCCUCACCGCUCCGAGCGCCUCCCUACUCCACGGCAAGCCGCCCGGCCGACCGUUUCGCCUCACCCCUUCCGGUCUUGCCAUGCUACCGCGCAGGCCUCUGAGCAACCGGCAGCAGUGGAGGUCGUACAACAAAUGGCAGCUGCCGCACCUACCUCCACAGCAAUCGCAACCGCACCAACGACAACCACAACGGCGGGGUCGGCAGCAGCAGUGGUGGUGGCCCCUCUGCCUGAGAAGAACUUUGGCAUCCUGAGGGGCGGGCGCUACCCCUUCCUGUAUGACAAUGUAUACGGACUCCCGAUUGUACGGCAGGUGGCCAGCUACGGAGAGGUGCUGGAGGGCCUCAGGACUGGCCGUAUCGUGGAGGUGUUGUGGUUCCAGGACCCCCCCGGGGUUACCCCCACCACCGCUGCACCCCGUGCCUCGGCAGAUGGCAGGUGCCUGCUGCGCUACGCGAGCGGGCAGGUGAAGCAGUCUGUCAUUCCUGCAGGGGAGCCCCGGAUUAUGCAGGCCAUAGAGGAGCACGGCGCCCUGGCCUCCCUCAUCCCGCUGGAGCCGCGCCACGUGCCCGAGCUAGCCCUGAUGGCGGAGGAGGUACGGCAGCAGAGGGCGCUGUACGGCGCUGCGGAGGCGGCUGGCGGCGGUGAUGGUACGGCGGCGCUGGAGCGGGAGCCGUACACCGGCGUCCCGGUGGAGGCACCCGAGGGUUUGCGCCGCGGCCCCGCAGUUGCCCCCACCCCUCUGGAAGCGGUGAUGGUGUAUGGCACUCGGGAGCAGCUGCAGGAAACCCUGCAGGACAACUUUGAGUCUGCUGCUGAUGACGUGGCGGAGCUGCUAGCCCGGCGGCAGGCGCUGCUGCAGGCGCAAGCCGACAUGGCCGCCGCAGCGGAGGCGGACGCCAGUCGGCGGAGGUCAGAUGGCGAUGCGGUCGGUACUGCCGCGGGAGGCGGCGGGCUGCUGGGCUCUGGUUUCGGAGUGGGCGCCUGGCUGGACAACAUCCGACUGAGCAACGAGCAGCAGGCUCUGGUGCUGAAGACGGUUCCGCUGCUGGGCCCCGUGGUGGGCAGCGCCUUCAUCAUCGGACUGUACCUGCUGGCGCGGCUGGUCAAGGGUGACCUGACGGACCGCCUGAAGAUGAUGGACUCGGAGGCGGAGAAGAAGAAGAAGCUGGCACUCAAGGAGGCCCGCAUUGCGUUCCUAGAGGAGGAGGUGCCGGGGCUGGUGGUCAAGGGGGCCACACUGGAUGACAUCCGCAAGCGCUGUGCCGCCGUCAACUCCCGGUUGGGGCCUAAGCUGGAGAUCGCGGAUUCGGAGGUUGUCUCGACCUACGAGGCGUGUCGUGCGCUGCUGUCGGAGGGAGUGGACCUGUCGGCCGCCUCCUCCUCCGCUGCCACCGCGUCAUUAGCACAGAUGGAGAGUGACGAGCGGCUGGCUGCUGCCACGGCCGGUGAGGGCGGCGGCGAGGACGGCGGUGUGAACGCGCUGAUGGAGAUGAGCAAACUCAACACGGCGCGCAUCCGCAAGGCUACCGACACCAAGAUCCUGGACGUCAAGAAGCGCGUGCGGGAGGCGCGGCGCAAGCUCAAGCGCGACUCCAAGGUGCAGAUGAGCGACGAAAUCAUCUUCUUUGAUGACGUGGCGGGCAACGCGCAGGCAAAGGUUGAGUUGAUGGAGGUGGUGGACUUCUUCAAGACGCCGGAGAAGUUCAAGGCGUGCGGGGCGCGGCCGCCCAAGGGAGUGCUGCUGGUGGGUCCUCCCGGCAACGGCAAGACGCUGAUGGCGCGCGCGGUGGCGGGCGAGAGCGGCGUGGCCUUCAUCUCCUCCUCGGCAGCCGAGUUCAUCGAGAUGUACAUGGGGCUGGGGGCGGCCCGAGUGAGGGACCUGUUCAACACGGCCCGCUCCGUGGCCCCCUGCAUCAUCUUCAUUGACGAGCUGGACGCGGUGGGGCGGCAGCGGCAGGGCGGCGGCAAGAGCAAUGACGAGCGCGACAACACCGUCAACCAGCUGCUCACGGAAAUGGACGGGUUCGAGGCGGAGCAACAGGGUAUCGUUGUGAUGGGCGCCACCAACCGCAAGGACGUGCUGGACACCGCCCUCACGCGACCCGGCCGCUUCGACCGCUCCAUAGAAGUGCGCCGACCCGACUUCCAAGGCCGGCUGGAGGCCGUCAAGGUCCACCUGCGCGACAAGCCCAUUGCGGCCGACAUCGACUACUUCAGUCUGGCGGGGCUGAUGGGCGGCAUGAGCGGCGCGCAGAUCGCAGGGGUGACCAACUCCGCAUGCUUCCUAGCCAGCAGGGAGGGCCGGCCGGAGGUGUCACAGGCGGAUCUGGAGCUGGCGAUCGAGCAGGCCAAGUACGGCCGCUCCGUGGACCAGCACCGCUUCGUGGGUGCCGCACGGCGGCGCCGGUUCGCGGUGAUGGAGGCGGGCAUCUCGCUGGCCGCCACCCUGCUGCCCGCCAUAGAGCCGGUGGAGUACGUCACCAUUGCGCCGUCCACCAGGAGCCCGCUGGGCAGGACGGUGCUGGAGCCCCACAUCGGGCGCUACACCACGGGCGUGUGGACUGCUCGCUACCUGCGCGAGCAGCUGCUGGUGCAGCUGGCGGGUCGCGGCGCGGAGGAGGUGGUGCUGGGGCGCGAGGAGCUGAGCAGCCUGCAGCAGCACCGGCUGCAGUUCGCCAGGCAGAUCGCGUACAAGAUGGUCAACGCGGGCAUGUCCGAGCACCCCGACUAUCAGCACAUCCGCGGCCUGGGCCAGAACUACCUGGACCCCUCCUCCGAGCCCGGCAGGUUCACGCAGUACACCAUCACCACCGAGUUCAACCAGACGCGCUCCGAGGCGGUGGAUGUGGACAUGGAGGUGGAGGCGAGCCUCAACGGGGGGUACCAGGAGGUGGUCGCCCUGCUGCGCCGCAACCGAGCCGCCCUGGACGCGCUGAUCGAGCUGCUGCUGGAGCGGGAGAAGGUGUCGGGGCGGGAGGUAGUGGAGGUUGUGGAGCGGUUAGGUCACCCAGACGACCUGGCCCGGAGGGCGAAAUGGGCGGGGUACCAGCUGCUGUGAUGAGGGAGGGGAAGGGGACGGUUGGGAGGGGUGCAGGCGCUGUGAGGAGAAAAUAUGGCAGGUGGGCCAGGGGGUGAAAAAGAAACCUGGGGUCAUCAAGUGAGGAAGGGGUGAAGGUAAGAGGAGGGGAAAUGAUACAUCGCGACUUGACCGACGGCACGGAGGGAGAUAGAAAGAUGAGGAGGCUCAGGUAGUACUGAGAGUGGAGCACACUGCAUGACUGGCGAUGGCGUCGUGUCUUGUGACCUAACUUUUACGCACGCCGUGCCUGUCCUGAACGCAGUGACGGUCUCUCGGUUUGGUAAGAAACUUGGCUUAUUGCGUUGCAUUACGGCGAGUGGUCUGCAAUCGUGCGUCCUUAGGAGGGGAGCGUGGCAAAGCGGGCAGGUGCAUGCCACCGUAGCCUAGGGAGUGACCCUGGGUCUCACAGGGACCACAUGGUGGCUUAUGAAAAGAAGGACCGUACGCCCACAGUGCUGAGUGUCCACCGUGUUCCAGCGAGCUGUUGCAGGUUAUACUUACGAGGGGCUGUGUAAGCCCCGCUAUCCAAGUUGCGUCAAAGUUGCGUUUCUUUGGGGUGGUGGGAAGGGGACAUCCUAUUUGUUGCAACCCAUACCAAAGACUACAAGCUCUUCGCGUACUCUCUCCCAUCCAGCCACAACAUUACCUGAUAUGAAUCCCAUCUGCAUCAGGCUUCAAGAAAUGUUGCUGAAGCGGGGUG